AUGCGUCGUAAUAUCCCCGAGGAGAUACCGCCCGCAUUCCGAGUUACCAACACUCGGCGCACCGCGCCAGGACCCACCGAGCUGCCUUACAACAUGAGCCGUUGCACUGCUGGCGAGUUCGUGGUCAUCCUUGCCUGCGUCACGCUGCUGUUAUGGAUCUCACUCAACACAUCAGUUUUCCUUCAAAACCAGCAACCCGACAGAAUCCCGUGUAGACUUCCCAUCACACAUACACCCGAGUCCCACUCGAAGUCCGCCUGCACUGUGGUCACCCACGUCGCAUUUCUGAAGGUGCACAAGGCAGGCAGUUCCACGGUGGCGAACAUCAUACAGCGCUUUGGAAUCCAGAGAAACCUCUCUUUUGUUGUUCCCAAAAAACCGUUCCACGGGUUAAGCUACAACUACAUCGGCGGGGCUCGGGACACCGUCAGCAGAGACAAUGUCAUUCCGCCGCCGGCAGGCUCAACGUACGACGUGUUGUGGAACCACGUCGUCUACAAUCGCAGUGCCUUCAAGAACGUCAUGCCGGCGGACACCAGAUACAUCUCUAUCGUCAGACAUCCAAUGGAUCAGUUUGUGUCAGCUUUUGAAUACUAUGGCCCUGGACAGCACGUCACUGACGGGUUCUGGGGGCUUAAAGACCACCAAUCUAUUGUCAAUGGCUUUCUCGAUAAUCCGUGGGAUUUUGAAGACAAAGAUGUCGUGAUGAGUCAUACCCUCAACUCUCUUGCAUACGACUUCGGUUUCACGGACGAAAUGAUUCAGAACAAAACUAGUCGUUUUCUCUACUUGACACAGAUGGCAGAAGAUUUCCAGCUUGUGAUGGUAAUGGAACAUUUCGACGAGUCACUGGUGCUUCUAAAGCGGUACUUUUGUUGGAGCACUAAAGAUAUUUUGUACUUACCCAAAAACAAGAAUGAAAAAAAGAAAAGGCUUACAUUCACUGACAAAUAUCGUGAACGUCAUCGCCAGGUGGCAGAGACAGAUUACGACAUCUACGCUUACUUCCGGUCACUUUUCUGGAGGAAGGUUUGGCAAGAGGGUCCGUCGUUCCACUCCGAGGUGGCGCACUUCAAAUAUGUCAACUCAGUCGUCACUGAUCACUGCCUCCUGAACAAAACUCUCCAUGUGGCGGCAAGUCCCUGGGAUGAACCCUACACGGUCAACUGGAUGGAUUGUCACUACACAAACAGCAACGAACUCGACCUGUAUGACGUCAUUUACAACAGCACGGUGGGCAGGACACAGCAGUAGGGUCCAGUAACACCUGAGAGAGAGAGAGAGAGAGAGAGAGAGAGAGAGA